AAGAGCAAGUCCCUCUUCCUCCCUCUGUCACCACUCAAUACUGUGUGUGUCUCUCUCUCUCUCUCUCUCAGAUACACUCCACUUCCUCCUCUUGUUUCUGCAACUCGGUACGAUCCCACAACUCUUCCGCUAUCUCUCUCUAUGGCCCUCGCAAAAGAUCGAACUCGACAAGGUCCACCAGCGUGUCCACUUGACGGAGGCGGGCCAUCAAUUCAAGAGCUUAGACUUCCUUCUUCGCUUGAGUUAUUCGGCUAUCUGGGGGACGGCAGCACGCUUCUCCGUGAUGGAGAAAGAAGCUCUGAUUCCCACGGGAGCUAUUCGAGCAGCCUUCUUUCUUUCCACUCGGACCCUCGGAACUCGGAUAGCUGCGCGUACAAUAUGCUCGGUGCGGUGAUUUCUCCGCCACAAGAAUCCCUCUCCGUCGUCGCAUCCCAACAGUCCUGGGCCUGCUUCGACACUUCGGUGCUUAGUUUCGAUGGUCACCUGAACCUUGAUCACGAGGAGGAAUGCGCCGCUUGGAUUGAUGCCAUGGAUCGAAGUUAUCAGCCGAAUCACCUGGAUAUCAAGCGUGGAACUGCUGAUUCCAGGCUAAUUCAGGAGAAAGACUGUUUCGAGGUAGGAAGCGGGAAUAAGCGUCGAGGUCAAGAUCGGUUUGGGUUUAUAUACUCCGGUGCCGCAGCUUUCGAUGGCCUUCAAGAAAGCAUCGGGCAAACAACGGUCCUCCAAAAACGCUCGAGCACGAAUUCAUGUGAUGUGCAAAGUCCCAAGAAGCAGUGCGGUACUCCCAGGAGGACCAAAGACAAGUCUACUAGUCCAUCCAAGGAUCCACAACAGAGUAUCGCAGCAAAGAACCGGAGGGAACGGAUCAGUGAGCGGCUCAAAAUUCUUCAAGAUCUCGUUCCCAAUGGCACAAAGGUUGAUUUGGUAACCAUGCUGGAGAAGGCGAUUAGCUACGUGAAGUUCCUGCAGUUGCAAGUGAAGGUGUUGGCGACCGAUGAGUUAUGGCCGGGACAAGGCGGAAAACCACCAGAUGUUGGGCAAGUAAAGGAAGCCAUCGAUGCCAUCUUAUCCUCUCAUGGAGAUAGGAACUCUCAACUCCGGCUCUAACCAACCAGUGAACUCUAAAUUAGGAGCAAAACAGCCAACCAAUUAUUCUGACUUCCCCUUUUUGAUCUCCUUUUCUAAUUCAUACCACCGUCUGUCUGUCGACACACAUCAUUCGGAAAUAAUGUCAACCGAACCAAACUGCAAGAAUUUGAGUUCCGAA